AUGGAGGCUGGAAACCAUACCACCGUGACAGAGUUCAUCCUUUUGGGGUUAACAGAGGAUUCUACACUUUGUGUCAUCUUCUUUGUGCUUUUCCUUGGAAUAUAUGUUGUCACUUUAGUAGGAAAUAUCAGCAUAAUCAAUUUAGUAAGAAGCUGUCCCCAGCUCCACACCCCCAUGUACCUGUUCCUUAGCCACCUGGCUUUUGUGGAUAUUGGGUAUUCCACAUCGGUUACACCGAUAAUGCUUGUAGGUUUCAUUGUACAUGGAACGGCCCUCCCUGUGGCUGGCUGUGAAGCCCAGCUCUGUUCUGUGGUGACAUUUGGAACAGCUGAGUGCUUCCUGCUGGCUGCCAUGGCAUACGACCGCUAUGUGGCCAUCUGCUCACCCCUGCUCUACUCUACACAUAUGUCCCCUCAGAUCUGUAUCCUCUUAGUUGGGGUUUCCUAUGUGGGUGGCUGUGUGAAUGCUUGGACAUUUACUGGUUGUUUGUUAAGUUUAUCUUUCUGUGGACCAAAUCAGAUAGACCACUUUUUCUGUGACUUCUCCCCUUUGUUGAAACUUUCCUGCUCAGAUGUCUCCAUUGUUGGAAUCAUUCCCUCCGUCUCUGCAGGGUCCAUCAUUGUGGUGACAGUGUUUGUUAUCAGUGUCUCCUACAUCUACAUCCUCAUCACCAUCUUAAAGAUGCGCUCCACAGAGGGCCGCCAGAAGGCUUUCUCCACCUGCACCUCCCACCUCACUGCAGUCACUCUCUAUUAUGGAACUAUUACUUUCAUAUAUGUGAUGCCCAAAUCCAGUUACUCAACUAAGCAGAACAGGGUGGUAUCUCUGUUAUAUACAGUGGUGAUCCCCAUGUUGAACCCACUUAUCUACAGCCUGAGGAACAGAGAUGUAAAGGAGGCCCUUAGGAAGGCAACCAUCAGAAUAUAUUCGUAG